AGCAUCAAAGCAAAUAGUCAAGUUCUUUUCUUUCUCCAAAGAGCCACAAAGUGAAGGUGGCAACAACUGCUAGGCCCUCUCUUCUUCCAUCGCUGUCCCUGUUUGCUUUCUCCGCCCCCUGAUUCUCUCCUCAUCGUGAUUUCCUCUGCUUGUCUUUCCCUCUAACUCUCCUCAAGAACAACUCCAAACCCAAUGCCACUCCCACUUCCAUUUCUCAUCUGUUCAUCAUGAACCCCAAAUUCAUCAACUUCGUUUCAAUCCCUCUCUUGCCCACAAAUUUGCCUUGACUUUACUUUUCUACUCCACUGUUCUGGUUUUUUUUUUUUUUUUACUUUUUUCAUCUGGGGAAUUCCCUUUUGAUGGCUCUUCACUCCACUGUCUUCCCUUCUGUUGGGGGUUUGACUUCCUCUCCUCGUACUCUUUCCGUGAAAUUCUGUCAUCGUACUGCCAGAGCCCCAGGGAUUUCUUGUCCUCCUCUUGUUUUGCCUCCUAGGUUGCAUGUCCAAGGAAAAGCAAUUUCCCGUGAUGGUUUACCUGAAACAAAGGAUUCUUCCCUUGUGGUUUGUUUUGGGGAAAUGUUGAUUGAUUUUGUUCCAACUGUAAGUGGCCUUUCCUUGGCGGAUGCUCCUGCAUUCAAGAAAGCCCCGGGAGGUGCACCUGCUAAUGUUGCAGUUGGAAUUGCUCGUCUUGGUGGCUCAUCAGCCUUUAUAGGGAAGGUUGGUGAAGAUGAAUUUGGUUACAUGCUUGCUGACAUAUUGAAGGAGAAUAAUGUUAACAACCAAGGAAUGCGUUUUGAUCCUGGUGCCAGAACUGCUUUGGCAUUUGUUACACUGAGGCAUGAUGGGGAGCGUGAGUUCAUGUUUUACCGUAAUCCUAGUGCUGAUAUGUUGCUUGAAGAAGCUGAACUUGAUUUUGAUUUGAUUAGGAAGGCAAAAGUUCUUCACUAUGGUUCCAUAAGUCUUAUUACAGAACCAUGCAAGUCAGCUCAUAUUGCUGCUGCAAAAGCUGCAAAGGAUGCUGGUGUUGUUCUGUCCUAUGAUCCCAACCUAAGACUUCCAUUGUGGCCCUCUGCAGACAGUGCUCGAGAAGGAAUUAUGAGCAUUUGGGACAUGGCAGAUAUUGUCAAGAUAAGUGAGGAAGAGAUAUCUUUUCUGACCAAAGGAGAAGAUCCAUAUGAUGAUGCUGUUGUCCGUAAAUUUUUCCAUCCAAAUCUUAAAUUGCUCCUUGUCACUGAGGGCCCUGAUGGUUGUAGGUAUUACACAAAGGAGUUCAGUGGGAGAGUCAAAGCUUUCAAGGUAGAUCCUGUGGACACCACUGGUGCUGGGGAUGCUUUUGUUGCUGGUGUCUUAUCACAUGUAGCUUCUGAUUUCUCCUUAAUUCAGGACGAAGAUCGACUGAGAGAUGCUCUCAAGUUUGCCAAUGCUUGUGGUGCAUUGUCUGUGACACAGAGAGGUGCAAUUCCAAGUUUGCCAACUAGAGAAGCUGUGCUAAACACCAUCCUUAAGUCUGUAGCAUAGAUUUGCUUCUCAUUCCUGCUGUAAAGAAAUCUUCCAGUUCUUUGUCGGCUAUGCCAUGGUGUUCAACUAUGAAGAGAUUCGUUAAAUAAGCUGAGUUAUGUCCUCGUAAUUUCUUGCUAUUGUAACCAUUACCUUUGAUAUUGCUAUCAAUUACUUGAAUCUUGCGGAUUACAGUCAUCUUUGCAUCAAGAAACUGCUCUUUUUUUU